CAGCCGCCGCUGGCCCCGGGUUUGGCUUUUGUCGCGUCCCCGUGGCUGCGACGGCGACAGGGCAGCCACGUCUGGCCAGGGCCGGCACCGCCCGCGGCUGCUCCCAGCAACGCCUCAGGAAGGGAGGGCGGCUCGGGCCAGGCCGGCCGCGGGGCCCAGCGGGGCCGGGCCAGGCCCACUCCAUUACCGGGCCCUCUCCAUUCCCGAUCCCUCAUCGCUGCCAUGGGCCCGGCCGGGCUCCCGGCCCCCCGCGGGCUCGGCUGCUUUGUGCUGGUGCUGCUGUUGCUCCUGGGCGGCUCGGGCAGCCCCGGGACAACGCCACCGCCCCGGGCGCCCUGGGCAGAGGAGCAGGGAGCCGUCCCGGAGGGGGCACCGUGGGGCAGGGUGAGGUACGAAGCCGUGAAGAAGCAUCUGGGAGCUCUCUCCAAGCACUACUGGCAGUACCUGGCGUGCAAGGUGUGGCAGGAGGGCUGCGAGGAGGAGGAGAAGCAGCAAGGAGAACGAGAGGCCAGUCCCAUCCCGGGCUGGGGCUUUCCUCUGGUGGGCCAGGACUACCUGGAGAUCCUCUCUGCCUGGUACUGCAGCUUCGGCAAGUGCUGUGAGACAGGAGACUGCAGGAUCAUCAACAACAUCACAGGGCUGGAGGCAGAGCUCAAUGGGCAGCUGCACGGGCAGCACCUGGCCAAGGCCGUGGUGCUGCGGGCGGUGCAGGGCUUCCUGCAGAGCCCACGGCCCCCCAAGGCUCUGGUGCUGUCCUUCCACGGCUGGUCUGGCACGGGGAAGAACUUUGUGGCUCGCAUGGUGGCCACUCACCUGUUCCGGGACGGGCUGAGGAGUGACUGUGUCAGGGUGUUCGUGUCCCUGCUCCACUUCCCACACCACAACUACGUGGACUCCUACAAGGCCCAGCUGCAGAGGCAGAUCAGCGAGACCCUGCAGCGCUGCAGGCAGGCCCUGCUCAUCUUCGACGAGGCCGAGAAGCUGCACUCCAACCUCCUGGAUGCUAUCACACCCUUCAUGGCUCAGCACACCAGCAAGGGCCAGGCAGAUCAGCAGAGAUCCAUCUUCCUCUUCCUCAGCAAUCUUGGUGGCAACACCAUCAAUGAGGUGGCCCUGGAGUUCUGGCGAGCCGGGCGGGCGCGGGAGGAGAUCCCGCUGGAGCUGCUGGAGCAGCAGAACAGCUAUGCCCACAGGCAGCUCCUCAGGGAGAAGCUGAUCGAUUUCGUGGUGCCGUUCCUGCCCCUGGAGUACCAGCACGUCAGGCUCUGUGCACGGGACGCCUUCCUGGCCCGGGGCCUUCCCUACACCGAGGCAACGCUCGACCAGGUGGCCCAGAUGAUGGUGUUUGUCCCCAAAGAGGAGAAGCUUUUCUCUGCACAGGGCUGCAAAUCCGUGCCCCAGCGCAUCAAUUACUUCCUUCCUUGAACACCAGGGGGACCAGACGUGUGCUGAAGGUGGUUCUGCACUCCGGGAGCUGCUGCUCUCUUUGCACAGGGUCAGAGGCAAUGACCCAGCCAGGAACUUGCACAGGGGCUUAACAGAGACUCAAGCCCCCCAGAGCUGUUGCAGGGAAGGAGGUGCCACCCUUACUCCUGGGAUGUGGGGACAGCCUGUGCUUGGCUGCUUUGGGAGCCUGUCUGCUGUUCUAAGUCCCUUGUUUAGCUGGAGGGGUGAUGUGGUUCUGCUGACAGAUGCUGUCCCAUGAGUGGGGACUGGGAAUGUCCAAGUCCCUGUUUUGUUGCUGUGUGGUGACAGGAGGCCUUGGACAGGCUGGUCCUGUUGAGACAGUGUGGCCAAAGCCACAUCCCUGUCUCCAAUUUUCUCUGUCAUUUUCCAACAUCACACAGAACUUUGCUGGAGUAGGGUUUAUCCCCUCUGUUGCUCUCAUGCCUUUCUAAGGUGUCUGCUGCUCAGGGACACAUGUGCCAGGACUGCAGUCUGUGCAGGGAAAAAAGGACUGAAUAAUCUCCUCUGGAGAUGCCAAAUCCAUAGCUCUCACCUUGGAGUGUCCACCUCCCACUGGAGUCUUCCGUUGUAUGGAAGCAGCUGCCGGCUGGGGGGAACUUCUGCUGCAGUUAUUUUACUGAGCAGGUUGGUGCAGAGCCCACUGCCUUCACUGCAGAGCCAAAAGGGGAGAGAACUCCUCUGCACAAGGACAGAGGGCAGGUGAGGAGCAUGGUGGCUGAAGCAUCAGGCUGCAGCUGAAUGUGAGUUUUCAUGGAUGCAGUACAAGCUUGGGGUUUUUGCCUUCCUUUUUUUGUUUUUGCCUUCAGUACAUUUCAUGCUGUGGCUUUUUAGCUGGAACAGUAUUAUUAUUAUUAUUAUUAUUAUUAUUACUCCAAGGGGCUGUUUGCUGUCUGGGUACUGGCCAGGUGAUAAGUGUGUUGCAGCAGCUCCAAAACAUUUCAUCAGCGUUACGGGAAUCGCUCUGUGACCUCUGGGUCAAAACUCCCUUCCAACAGGGCUGUGCUGGCCAGGAGUGACACAGCCCCUGCCAAGGACAGGGCUUGGCUUCCCAGCCACCCCCAGGGGGGACCUUUGGUCUAUUUUAAGCCCUGACCCAUUUUGUGGUGCCAGUGAUGAGCAGUGUGGCCUCUGGGGAGCAGUGACCAGACAGACACGUCGGGCCCUGCAGCCUCUGAGCCCCUGCUUCCCUCCAGGCGCUGUUACCUGAGGAGGGGCCACAGCCCCAGGCAGAGAUGGGCCUGCUGCUCUCCCACUGCUCAGCCAGCACAGCUGCCUUGACCCAGCUGUGUGGAACAGACCCUGGGGCUGUGCCAGGGGGGUGAGCAGGCAUUUCUGACACUGGGCUUGUGGUUAAUGUCAGGUGUCAGAAACCUGGGAACCGUCAGGGUGAUGCCUCCAGCUGGGACAGGGAGGCUGCUGCCUCACAGGACACGGCUCCGCUUGUGUUUGGUCACCUGGGCAGAAGUUUAGCAAGCUGUGUGCUGAAGGUCAGUAGCCCAAAGGUUGUGUGUGCAAGCCAGGAUAAGCCAGGAUUUUUCCUGAAUGUCAAGAAGUGUUCAGCUGGGUUAGGCUGCCCCAGGCUGGGGUGGCAGGAGGUCACUGGGGACUGGUUUGAGGGGGGCAUGGAGCAGCUCUGGCUGUGGCUGCUGAGGGAGGUGGGGGUGACACUGACAGGGGCGAGGCCAGAGCUGCACUCUGCUGGGGUACCUGUGUGUGUGUCACACCUGGGUGAGCUCUGAUCAGCCCCAAACAGCAGCAGCUGCUCUCUGACCACGCCACAGUCACACCAGUUUGGUUCUUAAAUAAAGAUACUGCUUUUACUGCAACCUGCUGGAAUUAAAUGAGCUCUCAUUUGAACAAUUUUUUCUACCCAAAUGAAAGAGCUUCUGGUUAGGACUGAGCAGUUUCAAAUAUUCAUUGAGGGAAAAAAAAAACAAACCAGCAUCUACUCAAGUGAUUUUUGCCAAUAAAAUAUUGCAACCUUUAUUUAAAACAAAAUGCAAAUUGGCAAAACUUUGUGGAACGACAGGCAAAGAGGCCCUUCUAAGGCCUUAUUUACAUCAAGUUUAACACUGUUCGCAGUUCACAGUCAGACGAUAGUGAGAGAAUUAAAUUAGAAAAACAACCAAAAUAUAUUACAAUAACAAUUAAAAAACAAAAACAGUUGACAACACUGCUAAGAGUGAUUGGUGAUUAACGUGAUUCAUUUCAAUCCAUUCCUGCCCUCAACGAGUUCACUACCGAUACAAACAGUGCCGUGUGAGCCCAGCAGGCUCCACCUCCCGUGCACAACGGACACGUGGGGAAGGAAGAACGACCUCCUUUGGUACAGACAUUGCUUAGCCUGGAGCUGGGAGAAACAGAUCCGUGUCCCAGAGCCUCCUGGGACCUGCUACCAGAGAAUGGGCUGAGGGCUUUGUUCCACACUCCAGGGAGGAGCAGCACCGCCCCAGCAGCCUCCACACGUGCUGCAGUUCCCUUAAGUGUCCCUGCCAGCUCCCGGUGGCAGCAGGGCUGAGCUGUGUCCCAGAGAAGGCAGCAGCCUGGUGGCUUUGGAAGCACCAUCCUGGGGGGUCACCGGUGCCUGUCGGUGCUGUGGAUGCCCCGGAGGCCCCGCCUGCCUCAGGUGAGUGGUAGCACACGGGGGCUGGGGUUGCUCUGUGGCUGCAGUGUGCCCCACACACGCCUCAGCCUGCUGGGGAGGGGCUGCUCUGUCUCCACCGUGGGGUUUGGCUCCCUGUGCCCCACAAGCCCCCCAAAGCACCAUGACAGAUGUCACCCUCGUGUCUGGCUGUGGCUCACAGACACAGGGCCAGUGGCACCCAGGACAAAGCCCUGAGGAGGACAAGCACAGCUCCUCUCUCCCUCCCUGCUGUGCCAUCAGCAGUGCUGCUCCCUUCCAUUCCCCAUUCCCACUGGCAGAAUCUGGUGCAGUCCCAAGACCCAGACUCGCAGCUCAGCCUCACCCUGCCCACACUAAUGAAGAACAUGACUAAACCAAGUGCACCACUUUGGGGUUAGGAGGGGUGUACAGUGCAGGAAGAAGAGAGAAUUGCACCUGUGAGUCAGCUGAUUCCCGCAGUGGUAGGAAGAGAAAGUGCCCCCCUGAGCUCACUCCGUGCUUUGUGCUUGGCAGCAGCAGGCCCGUGGGUGUCUUCCCCAUGGCAGAGACAACUGCUUUAAAUUCUGGCCCACAGCAGUGCAAGAGAGCCAGCCCAGCUCCAGCUGUGCCCCACAGCUGUCUGACAGUGCUGAGGAGAAGAAACAACGGGACUUCUGCCUUGUCCCCUGCCCCAAACCAUGGAGCAGGAAGUGCUCUUCCCUGGGACAAAUAAUGGGGUUUGUUCCUUUGCACAUCUGGAGCCAGGCUGAAAGCAGAGAAUUGGCCACAGUGGAGACCUUUAAGGCUGAAGAGAAAGGCAGACCUAGCUAAAGGGAGAGGGAAUGGUAGAAGUCCUAGAAGCAGCAGUGGAAGCAAAGACAACUGGAUGGUAAUUUACAGCAGAAGCAGCUUUCCCAGAUUCCUUUUGCUACCCUGCCAGAGGGCAGGGCAGCAUUGCAGUUUGGGAAUAAAACACCCUAGGGCAGCAGAAGUCCCAGCAAUCCCACAGCCUUCAGUUUAGGGGAAAAAACCUGUCAAGUCAGCACUACCUGUGCCACAAUCUGCCCACCUGAUGUUAGAUGGUAGGUGAGGGCAGGGAAAACACUACCCAUGAGAGUGACAAUCUCCAAAUUCCACCAGCCUUUGAUUUUGCACCACAGGCGGGGUCAGAACUAAACACUCCUGUGUGGGGCACAGGGGUUGUAGAGUCUCUGUGUUGGAGAUGCCCAAAAGCUGCCUAGACAUGGUCCUCACAGGUGACUCCUGGUGGCCCUGCUUGGGAGAGUGUUUGGACCAGCUGAUCUCCAAAGUUCCCUCCAACCUCAGCCAUUCUGUGACUCUGGAAAAGCAUUUGGAUACUGCCCUGUCCCACUGGCCAUCUCUGCUGCAGGGGCAAGGAGAAAAUGGGGCACCUGGAAGGAAGUGGGGAUGGCCCACAGUGUUCAUUGGGACACAGCUGCUUUCUUCUGCAAGAGGGGAGUUCUAGUAGUUAGAAAUUCCAUAUUGCUAUUCUACCACUUUUGCUGUAGCUUUUCUGGAAGACUGGCAUUUAGGGAAAAAAAAAAA